UACGACCUUACCGUGUCCAACCAAGUCAUCUCUCCGGAUGGAUACCUGAGCGAUGCAAUGGUGGUCAAUGGGCAAUUCCCCGGACCAACCAUUGAGGCCAAUUGGGGCGACACUCUGCGGAUCACCGUCCAUAACAACUUGACCAACGACAAUGGCACCGCCAUACACUGGCACGGAAUCCGCCAAUCCAUGACAAAUCAUUUGGAUGGGGUUCCAGGCAUAACUCAAUGCCCAAGCAAGCCAGGAUCGUCGCAAGUCUACGAGUUCAGAGCCAUGCAGUACGGCACCUCGUGGUAUCAUUCCCACUUCAGUAUUCAGUACACGAGUGGGGUUUAUGGGGCGAUGGUAAUCCACGGACCAAGUAGUAUGGACUACGAUGUCGACCUGGGGCCGAUUCUCAUAAGCGAUUGGUACCAUACCGAUGCUUUCGAACUGUAUCCUAUCGAGAUCCUGACACCAGAGGCCCCCCUCCCAGAGAGUAAUGUCAUGAAUGGCAAAGGAGUCUUUGAUUGCGAUCCUGUCAAGGACCCCAGAUGUACUGGAAAGCACGAGCGACACGAGAUCACCUUUAAAAAGGGGACCACAUACAAACUUGGCUUGGUGAAUGGGGGAAGUCUCCUCACGUACAAGUUUUGGAUUGAUGGGCAUAAAUUCACAGUCAUCCAUAAUGACUUUGUGGCCAUCGAACCGUAUGAGACGGAUGUUUUGAUCGUUGGCAUCGGACAACGCUAUGAGAUUCUGAUCGAAGCGGAUGCCGAUUUCACCCACGGGACCAACUUUUGGAUGCACGCCAACUACUGUGACAUUGACACUUGGGAGUCCCGACUUGGCGUCAUCCGAUACGAUCCCCGGAAUACCAGUGAUCCCUAUACGCCUCCUGUGAGCGAGCGGCACUACGGAUUCGGUUGUCAGGAUCCCCCACCAGAGAAACUCGUUCCUAUUGUGAAGAGGCAGGUGGGUAGAAACGUGAACAGCUUCGAUACACCUGACUACCUGCGCAUUGGAUUACAGGCGUGGCCCAACGUGACGGAUCCCAACUCACGCAUCCACACCUGGCUCCUAACCAACCGGAGCAUGUAUAUUGACUGGACCGAUCCCAGUAUCAAGAAACUCACCUUGGACGCCGAUCCUGAAUUCCCACCCGACACGACACCCAUCACGCUAGACUUCCCGACUGGGGACUGGGUGUACUUCCUCAUCCUGAACAACUACACUUUAAGCGAUGCUGCCACGCCCCGAACCAUCCCUCGGUCGGUCCAUCCUAUCCACCUGCACGGUCAUGAUUAUGUCAUUCUGGCCCAGGGCGAGGGACCCUUCCCCGACGACUUGGUUCCCAAUCUGGAUAAUCCUGCCAGGAGAGACGUGGCCAAUUGUCCCAUUGGGGGGUAUCUCUGGAUUGCUUUCCAGAUCAAUAACCCCGGUGCCUGGCUGAUGCAUUGCCAUAUUGCUUGGCAUGCCAGUGCGGGACUCGGCCUCCAGUUUCUUGAACAGCCCAGUAAGAUCAAACCCCUGAUGAAGAAGGCCGGGGUAUUGCCCGAGCUGGAGCAUCAAUGUAACGAGUGGACGGAAUGGUAUAACACCCAGAAUAUGAAGCAUAACACGACGCAGGAGGAUUCAGGAAUUUGA